AUUGACAGGAGAGAAUGAAAAUGAGGCGGACGCUCCGUCACGACUUCAGUGCGUACGCGUCCCUUUGAGAAGACCUCCAAAGUUGGAUCCUAUCACCAUGGGAGCUGUUUGGGCAGCGAGGAACUUUUGUUUGUUUUUGCUCUUGUUAAAUAGUCGCCAAAGCGUUGCGCUUCCAGAGAUCCGAGAUCCAUGCGCAGAGGGAAGUGAUGGCUGUCACAUUGAUGCUAUUUGUCAGACUACCCAAAGCUCCUACAAGUGCACGUGUAAAGCAGGCUUUAAAGGAGAUGGAAACCACUGCGAAGAUGUUGACGAAUGUGACAUGAAAUACAAUGGAGGUUGUGUYCACGAGUGCAACAAUAUUCCCGGGAAUUAUCGCUGCACUUGUUACGAUGGGUUCCACUUGGCACACGACGGGCACAACUGCCUGGAUGUGGAUGAAUGCAAGUUCAACAAUGGCGGGUGCCAGCACACUUGUGUCAACACCGUGGGCAGCUACGAGUGCCGCUGCAACGAGGGCUUCUUCCUCAGCGACAACCAGCACACGUGCAUCCACCGCUCCGUGGAGGGCCUCAGCUGUAUGAACAAGGAGCACGGCUGCGCCCACAUCUGCAAGGAGAGUACCAAAGGGGGCGUGGCCUGCGAGUGCCGCCCGGGGUUCGAACUGGCCAGGAAUCAGAGGGACUGCAUCCUGACCUGCAACCACGGCAAUGGAGGCUGCCAGCACACCUGCGAGGAUGCGGAGAACGGCCCCAUAUGCAGGUGUCACGUCAGGUACACUCUGCAGACCGACAAGAAGUCCUGCGUAGAGCGAGAUGAAGCCACCGCCGAGUCCUCGGACCACAACGCCACGUCUUCUACUGAGGCGGACAAACGCGUGAAGAGACGACUGUCAAUGGAAACCUGCGCGUUGAACAAUGGAGGCUGCGACAGCACCUGCAAAGACACGUCCACCGGCGUGCACUGCAGUUGCCCUGUCGGCUUCACGCUGCAGCCCGACGGAAAAUCCUGCAAAGAUAUCGAUGAUUGUGAGUUUCACAACGGCGGCUGCGAACACUUCUGCAGAAACACCAUCGGGAGUUUCGAAUGCCACUGCAGGAAAGGCUAUAAGCUGCUGUCAGAUGAGCGCUCCUGUCAAGAUAUAGACGAGUGUUUCUUCGAGCGCACAUGUGAUCACACAUGUGUGAACUCCCCCGGUGGUUUUCAGUGUCUGUGCAACAAAGGCUACACCAUGUACGGGCUGGCCCACUGCGGAGAUAUAAACGAGUGCAGCGUGAACAACGGAGGCUGUGAACAUGGCUGUGUGAACACCGUAGGUGGAUUUGAGUGCUCCUGUCGGCCCGGCUAUAAGCUGCACUGGAACAAGAAGGACUGCAUUAAGGCUGAGGGUUUAACACCUGCAAAACCCSUCUCUAAGCCCACCUUGAACUGUAGUAAGCAGCAGGGAGGGGACCGCUGCUUUCUGACCUGCCAGUCUCAAGUUCACAUCAGGAGUGGGACGGAGGAUUCCUACACGGUGACCUGUGGAAUGCCUCUGCCCUGCUUGGCUGACGUACAAAAGAACAACAGCGGCUUGCAUUGCUUAGGUCCAGAAAAGCCCCGGGUUCCACGCAUUAAGACCACAGCCACUUUUAGGUCUGGCACGGCUAAGUGCAAUUUAAAACGAAGUCAGGAGAAACCCAGGGAGAGCAUAAACCCGACACACUCAGAUAGCAGGUUCCUCUUCACCGAAAACGUCCAGUUCAGCUACGUGAGCCUGCGCUGCGCCUCCUCGGCGGGACAGCGGGCGCGCGGGCGCCACAGCAGAAGAGCCGGCGCGGAGGACGGCUUCUCCAUCACAGCUGAGUUUGAGCUGGACGUUAACCUUGAGGAGGUAACAGCAGAGAACUGCGACCUGAACUGUGCGCGUCGGCGUUCGGAGAAAAGGCUGAGGAAGACCAUCAGGACGUUGAGGAAGUCCAUCAACCGGGAGCAGUUCCACCUUCACUUUGCCGGGGCGGACUAUGAGCUGUCCAAAAGUCUGGCUCACCCAGCAGAKCUGCCGGGACACUGUCUCUUAGGACAGGUGUUGGUUGGCAGGAAGUGUGUGAGCUGCAGCGUUGGGACGUACCACGACGGACAUCAGGGACGGUGUGUGCUGUGUCCAGCUGGAACAUAUCAGGACGAGGAGGGACAGAUGUCCUGCGAGCUCUGUCCUUCACCUGAAGGAAGAGACGUGUCCAAGGUGGUCGGCGCUCGAAACUUGUCCGAGUGCGGCGGUCAAUGUCUCCCAGGCCAGUACUCACACGACGGCUUCGUCCCUUGCCGUCCCUGUCCGCUGGGAACCUACCAGCCAGAGGUGGGCCGCACUUCCUGUUUCCCGUGCGGAGGGAACCUGGUCACGAAACGCAUCGGUGCCGCCACCUUUCAGGAGUGCGAGACCAAAGUGCAGUGUUCUCCCGGUCAUUACUACAACACCAGCACACACCGCUGUAUUCGCUGUCCCAUGGGCACGUUUCAAGGCGAGUUCGGCCAGAACUACUGCGUCGGCUGUCCUGGAAAUACCACCACGGACUUCGACGGCUCCACCGGCAUCAUGCAGUGCAAAAACCGGCAGUGUGGUGGAGAGCUGGGAGAGUUCACCGGCUACAUCGAGUCCCCGAACUACCCCGGGAACUAUCCGGCCAACAUCGAGUGCACCUGGACCAUAAAUCCACCGGCCAAACGUCGGAUCCUCAUCGUCGUGCCUGAAAUCUACCUGCCCAUUGAGGACGAAUGUGGAGACUACUUAGUGAUGAGAAAAAGCUCUCUGCCCAACUCUGUGACGACCUAUGAGACGUGUCAGACGUACGAGCGCCCCAUCGCUUUCACCUCCCGCUCCAAGAGACUCUGGAUUCAGUUCAAGUCGAACGAAGGAAACAGUGGGAAAGGCUUCCAGGUUCCAUAUGUCACAUAUGAUGAGGAUUACCAGGAGUUGAUUGAAGACAUAGUAAGAGACGGGAGGUUAUAUGCAUCAGAGAACCACCAGGAAAUUCUCAAGGAUAAGAAGCUCAUGAAGGCGCUGUUCGACGUGUUGGCUCACCCGCAGAACUUCUUCAACUACACGCCACAAGAGUCGAAAGAAAUGUUUCCUAAAUCCUUCAUCCGCUUCCUGAGGUCCAAAGUUCUGAGAUUCUUUCGCCCUUAAAAAAGCUCCGCGGAUCUGGAAUCGUCAAAUCACACUGAAGUAAGAUACUGGUGUCAGCAUCAGUGGCCCUUUUAGGAACGUUUACUUGUUAGUCGAGUCCUCUCAGGCGGAGAGGGAAACGAGGGCGGCUGAUGCAGGCGGACGUUUAACUGCAGCUUUAAAACGGACUCGUGGCGAUGAGCUGAACAUACUGACUUMUGUCUGCAUCCUUAAAAGGAAUCGGGACGUCUUCAGUUUGUUUGGAAAAGUCUUUCUAAUGACUCCAUGCCCUCUGUGUUGUUUUUACCCUUUAAAAUCAGGAUUAAAAUCCAAACGUGCACAUCUA